GGACCGGCACCGAGAGGAAGGGGGAUCUCUGCAAGCUGCUCUCUCCAGGCAGCGGAGGUUUCGCCGCGCGGCGGCUUGUUGCCGGCCCCUGCGUUUCGCCUCCUGCACGAGCGCAGCGCCAUGGACCUCGACGUGCUCAACAUGUUCGUCAUAGCCGGAGGCACCCUGGCCAUCCCCAUCCUGGCCUUCGUCGCCUCCUUCCUCCUGUGGCCCUCGGCGCUGAUCAGGAUCUACUACUGGUACUGGCGUCGAGCCUUGGGUAUGCAGGUUAGAUAUGCAAACUACGAUGACUAUCAGUUUUGUUAUUCCUAUAGAGGGAGACCUGGAUACCGACCAUCUAUCCUGAUGUUGCAUGGGUUCUCAGCCCACAAAGAUAUGUGGCUGUCUAUAGUCAAGUUCCUCCCGAAGAAUCUGCAUUUGGUGUGCGUUGACAUGCCUGGUCAUGAAGGUACAACUCGGUCAUCGUUAGAUGAUUACUCCAUUAAUGGGCAAGCUAAAAGAAUACACCAGUUUGUUGAGUGCAUCAAGCUGAACAGAAGGCCCUUUCAUCUCGUUGGCACUUCGAUGGGAGGAAAUGUCGCCGGAGUUUAUGCUGCUCAGUACCCAGACGAGGUUUGCAGCCUGACCCUUAUAUGUCCUGCAGGCCUGCCGAGUUCGACUGACACCAAAUUCAUUAAGCAGCUGCGGGAGCUGCAAGAGUCCGAGUGCAUCGACAGGAUCCCGUUAAUUCCCUCGACGCCUGAGGAGAUGGCGGAUAUGCUGAAGCUGUGCUCUUACGUCCGCUUUAAAGUGCCGCAGCAGAUCCUGCAGGGCCUUGUUGACGUUCGCAUCCCACACAAUGAUUUCUACCGGAAACUAUUUCUAGAAAUUGUGGAUGAAAAGUCCAGACAUUCGCUCCAUGAGAACAUGAGCAAGAUCAAAGCGCCAACGCAGGUCAUCUGGGGGAAGCAGGACCAGGUCCUGGAUGUUUCUGGAGCCGACAUGUUAGCAAAAGCCAUUCCCGACUGCCACGUGUCUAUUCUGGAGAGCUGCGGGCACUCGGUGGUCGUGGAGAGGCCCAGGAAGACGGCGAAGCUCAUGCUCGAGUUCCUGGCGCUGCUGCACAGCGCAGGGAACAGCAAGAAACAGGCGUGAGCGCCGCGGGGAGCCCGGCGCCGGAGCCAGAUGUUUCCAGCUGUAACGUACUGAUUGCUUUGAUAAGUUCUCAGGGAUCUCGUACAAAUCACGGUGAAUGUGCCAAAGUCCCUGAGGAAGGCAAAAUCACUGAUACGUAAAUCUAUAGCACUACCGACACGAGGGGACCUAGGGAUCACUGAACAACCUACAUAUAGGCAAAAACGGGAACAGAAUCUCUGUGUUUUCUACUUAUACGUGAAGUAGAAAUGAUCUGAAAUUACAAAACGCUAGCCAUGGAACGCGCUGGAAUUCUUUAGGCAGCCCAUGCUAUGUAAGUUACUGGCACAUAGUUGUUAAUGAGAUUUAUCUAAAAUAUAUAAGAAGUGUAGGAAGGAAGAAAUGUCCUGGACUGAGACUUACGAUAUUCCUACCCCUUAGACUCUGCUGCGUUGCAUGCGAUGUUGUUGUAAGAGAAUCCUGAUGUUCCAGGCAUUUGCUAACGUGCUGUUUAUGUAGCUCAUUAACUUAUGAUUUAUGCAGAAAAAAAACCCAGAAAACUUCAUGUGUGAAAGUUAAAUGACUGUAUGUCCAAAAUGUUUACACUUCUGAUGAGUGGAUUUUUUUAAAUCCCUGAACAGCUCCUGUGCUUAUGUCAUGCCUUAACAGUCUAGAAUAACGACGUCCGCGUAGAACCUGGUCUCGUAGCGGGGUGGUUUCCUCUGAUGUGAAACCUGGGUCUUGUGAAAACUCAGCGUAAAGACAGCAGUUUUGGAACAGUUGUGCAAACAAAAACUCCUGGAGCUAAUCAGUCUCUUGGACGUGGGGCCUGAGUCAGCAACAGCGCUGCGGCGAGGCGUGCGAGCGAGCACGUUCGGGCUGACGCCGGGGCAGGCUCUUGUCUCGGCUCUUUUCUAUUACAGUGCGCUGCUGAACGUUUUGAUGUAAAUAAUGAACUUUGUAAUGAAUUCUGUGAAUUCAGUGAAUGAUAAUGUCAUUGAAAACACGUGUAACAGAUCCAAGUGUAAUGAGAUAAGUGAAGGAACAGUGAAGUGCAGUAUGGGCUCGUGUACUCCCUAGCCAAUGUGAAUUGUUAGCAGAUGUCUCAGGCUCACGUGGGAUGCGUUUUAGAGUAGAGUGGUGUGGAAAAGUAAAAAUUGGUAAUUUCCUUUUGAUGAUUUAUAACCCCUAGUCCAGUGAAAUUAUAUACAAAAAAGGAGAAAUCCAGACAAGUUAACUUUGCGGCCCGUGAGGCACCUUCUGGAGACCGAUUCUGCUGCGUUAAUCCCCCUCCAGAUGCAGCUCCUUGCUGCGUCUCCCCAAAUUAGCUGCUGGACACUUGUAGCUAAUCCUGCUGUGUGACCUGGAUGAGAAACCUGGCUCCUGGUCUCAGGCAUUACGUGUGUUUGGUGGAGGGUGAAGCCGUGCAUGGUCCUCAUCAAGACAAGCAGGAGGAAGCCAUUGGACAUCUGUCACCACUCAGUCCCUUUAGAGACUCUCCUUGGGUAUCAGCACCCGACAUUUUCUAGAGGCUCCCCUAUAGACGUAUAUGUAAGCUUGUAUUUCUGAGAGCCAUCUUCUCACUAUUUCUCCAGGAUACUAUGAACUGUGUAUGUAUUUGAUCCUCCCUGUUAGUUUCUCUGCUCUUUUUGUAAGAGAAGAAAUGAUGUUCUUUUAGAAAAUUAGAAAGUUGCUGUCAGUUGCUUGGUUAUUGUUUCUACUACAGGAGUUGAUGGGAAAAAAUGCUGAUAGUUUUACAUGGUAAAAGGCAGAAAAAGUUGUUGGAUAUCUAUGUGAUUUCUGAUAUGCUGCAGAUUGCUGUAGGCAAAGGAUUUAAAUGGCUAUUAAAAUCUAGUAAUUUCAA